AUGCGGUAUGGGACACACAGCGGGGCUUCAGAUCUGGCCCCGCCACCCACGGAGCGCCACGCAGGAGUCAGUGCAACCCCUGGGGCCCAAGUUGCACCCCUCCGUGGCAUCCGACGCGGAACUGGGCAGGCCGGCAAGAGGACGUGUCGCAGGGCGCCCACACGUGCACAACUCAGACCGACAGCUCUACCGGGCGUUGGAGGCAGGGCCCCCCUCCCCGCGGUCCUGGCGGCGUGGGCCUCACGGUCCGGACAUCGGCGGCCUGCGGGCAGAACACGGGGUCAGGGGUCGGAGGCCAGAGCGCACGCGGGCGGGGGACGGCGGGGCGCGUGUCGGGGCUUGGGUUUCACCGGCCCACACGGACGAGCGGGCGGUGAGCUGAGGCCCCCGGUGGCUCUGGGCGCCGAAUCUCACCCGCGGCCACGGCCAAAGCCGCGGGUGAUUUUCAACCAACGCCGACGUCCCGGCUACCACCAAGGUCGCGCGGGCAGAGAGCGCGGGGCGCGGGACGCGGACCUACCUCGCGGCGCCAGGCAGCCGGGCGGCAGCGGCGCACACGUUCAGGCCCGCGAGGCCGCAGGUGCGCAGGCUCACGCGGAGCGGGCGGGGAAAGCCGGGAGCGCGCGGCCUCCGCUCCCAUAA